AUGUUAGAAGACAUUCUGCUUCACACAUCGAGCAACAACGAAAGCCAUUCUUUUCAAUGGACUCACCCCUCUGUACUCAACUGGCCUCCAAAGGAAGGACCAAUUCCACUGUGGAUCGAUGAAAGUGAAGCCACAAAGCCGAAGAUGCUCCAUCAUUGGUUUGAGCAGAGGGUUCAGGAUUACCCUCAAAGAAUUGCGAUUGAUUUUCUCGCAGAAUUCGAGACUGGCAAAAGGAUGCAAUACACUUAUCAAGAAGUCUCAAACGCGGCUACUUCAUUGGCAGCGGCAUUGUAUCAUGCAAGCUUGAAAUCAAGCACAGUCGUCAAGACAGUGGCAAUUUUAAUCGGUCCAUCGCCUGAGCUAUAUGUUAGCUAUAUUGCUACUUUGAAGGCCGGUUUGGCUUUCUGCCCAAUACCGAUCGAUGCCCCCGAAGAGAGAAAGAGAGCAUUACUCGAUGAUUUGAACCCCGUGGCAGUCCUAGCACCCGAGUCUGACAAAGAGGAGCUUGCUACGGAGAGGAUUGGUGUGGCAAGGCUCCUAGAGGCAUACGAUAAUCAGCCUCAAUAUCCUCCGUCAAUUGAUUGUGUCAAUGAGACUGACCCGGCCUACAUUCUGUACACUUCGGGUACAACUGGCAGGCCGAAGGGUGUCACCGUGAGCCACAACUCAGCAGCCUGCACGAUUAGCUCGCUAAGCAAUCACUUUGGAUUCUCAUCUCAAGAUUCCCCUCACCCUGGUCAGCCAACCCGAUGGUUUCAAGGUGCAGCUCCAACAUUCGAUAUUUCACUUUUUGAGAUCUUUUGGACACUCAGCACAGGCUCGACUCUUUGCUGCGCUCCCAGGAAUCUUACCAUGCGCAACAUAGACAAGGUCAUCACUACACUAGAGGCCGAAAUUAGCAACGUCACGCCCAGUGUGGCUAGUCUUAUUAAACCGUCUUCACUUCGCGCUAUCAUGGUCGGUGGCGAGGUUCUAAGCACUCGUCUUGUACAAAAUUUUGCUUCUGUCAACUCUUCCUCCAAUAAUGCUUCAAAUAUACCACAUGGGAUCUACAACGGAUACGGUCCAACCGAAGUGACCAUUUACUCCGUCGCUCAGGCACAUGUCCCAGUAGACCAGCGUGGAACUGUGAUCGGUACACCACUGGCCACUUGUGGAGCUCUUAUUGUGGACAGCAACAGCCGGAACCUCGAACCUGUCCCAAUGGGUGCGGUAGGUGAGCUAGUUCUCACUGGACCUCAAGUCAGCCAAACUGGCUACCUUAAUCGACCCGAAGAAACAACCAAAUCUUUUAUGGAUGACUCAAAGUGGGGACGUUCAUAUAGAACCGGAGAUCGUGCCAGGAUCGUUUGGAAUGAGAAAGACGAGCCUCUCAUUGAAUUUUUGGGUCGAAUGUCAGACGACCAAGUCAAACUGAGCGGACGACGAGUGGAGCUCAGUGAGAUUGAAAAUAUUCUCGAGCGCAAGAAUGAAGAGAUCCAGCAGGUUCUGGCAUGCGUAUGGAAGCCUGGGAAUAGGGUAUCGGGCUCUGAAAGGGUCGUGACCUUGUUGGCCGUUGAUCCUAACAGCACACUGGACUUUGAAACUGUUCAAUCAAGAUGCAUGGAUACAGCGCGCCAGAGUCUCCCAGAAUAUAUGAGACCGUUUCGAAUUCUCCAAGUCGAUUCUUUACCUCGGUCGGCCUCGGGCAAGGUUGACCGCAAAGCGGCUUCAGAAUAUGUUCGAAACGUUCUUCAGCAAGAUGGAAGAAAAAUUACAGAACAGUCACAAGUCGACAACUUGCAAAGCCCCGAAGAUGCUGCGCUCGAGAAGAGGCUGCUUGAACUGCUCGCUGGUAUCAUUGGCGAUAUUUCUGGCACUGAAUCCUGGUUGACAGCUCACACGCUUCUCAGGGAAGCUGGAGUCGAUAGUCUUCGAGCCAUGAGACUCUUACAUGCAAUCAGGACUGAGUGGCCAGAUUCAAAGAAUAUGCAACCUCCAAUUUCCUUGCUGCUAGAUCCUGCAGCAACUAUUCGGUCCGUCUUUUUCACUGCCACGUCAAGCAAGACUGCAUUUGGGAGUGACUCGUUGGACAAAGAAAAGUGGAAAAAUCAACUCGCCGAAUUUGCAUCACGCAACAUGAACGAGUCACUCAGACAGCUCAAAUCUGUCAAUGAAGCCGAUAUUGAGAUGAUUCUGCCCAUGACAAGCACGCAAAAUCAGCUCGCCGUGAAUUUUGCAAAAGAUCACCGCAAUUACAUCAGCCACACAGUGCUCUCACUGAAAGCGGAAAUCUCAACUGAAGCUCUCGAAAAUUCCAUUAAUACCGUGCUCCAUAGAAAUGGUAUUUACAGAUGUGCCAUGGUCUCAUGCAAUGAUGAUAUAUCACCAUUUGCACAAGUCGUGUUGAAGCCUGAGGCAUGGACCGAGUGGACCCACAACAACCCGCGCGUCGUCCGUCAACAAGGCAAGAUAACGAAUGAUUCGCAAGAAUGGCUCGACUUGGCGCAGCAAUAUCUGAGUCUUGAGAGACAGACCUUCUACUAUGUUCAAAUUAUCGAACCGGAGGCGGAUUCAGAAGGAAGUCUCAAGACUCUUGUAAUUAGCGUUGCGCAUUGUUUCUGUGACGGCGCGUCAUUACAGGUGCUCCUGGACGACAUCUCAACUGGAUAUGCAGGGAUUGCCGCUCUUCCAAGACUCGGCAUUGAGGAUGCUGUACUGGACUGGAUAUCCAAUAUCAAUACCGAAACCGACAAGCAAUGGCAGCAUUUGCUUCAAGAUUGGGAAGCUGAACGCUUCCACGCUUUGGCUGGCCAAAACGCCAAACCGGCCUUGCCUGGUCUUGUAGUCGACUAUGGCCAUGGAGUGGUUGAAGUUGCCGGUAAUUUGAACUGGCAGACAUUUGAAGACAAGAGUAGGGCCUUGGGUGCUUCCCCCUUGUCUGUCUUGCAAGCAAGUUGGUCUCUCCUCCUUCACAGUUUCUCUGAAGCAAACACCAGAGAUAUUGUAUUUGGAAGCGUGAUAUCCAGUCAACACGAUGCAACUCAUGCGCCAACUUUCUCGGUUGUACCUUGUCGAGUCGCGUUUCCCAGCGACGAGACUGUCAAGAAGCUGCUUCAUGGACUUGCCAACAGCUCGACGUUCGCUCAGAGUCACCGAAACAUGUCAUUUGGGAUUUUCGAGACUUUGCCUUACAACACUGCCUUGGCGCUUCAGUCAUAUUCUCAAUCCGAUAGGAGCGUAGGUCAAACAAAUAGUCCGGCACAUAUGACACUCUGGGAUGAGAUACAAACCCCAGCCAUCCGCUAUGAUUUCGACAUCUUUGCCGAAGUAUUCCCGACCGGUUUGAAUGUGGGUUCAUCUCAAGCUGACAAUAUGUCACUCAGACUCACAUACCGCGACGAUGCUUUGUCACCGAUGUCAGCGCAAGUCAUUCUCAACCAACUGGCUGCAUUGGCCGAGGUAUUCUUGGGCUCCAACCCUGAUGAUUCCGUGCAAACCCUGCCAUCUCGCCUCCCUCGGGCUCUUCUUUCUUCUGAAGGUACCAUUCCUGUGCCAACAGAGGAUCAAUCAGAGAAGGAGCGUCGAUCAAAACAGCGCUUUGAGGUUCUUCAUGCUCAGUUUGAAAAUCAGGCCGCAGAAACACCCGAUCUCCUGGCACUAAGCUUCUACAAUUCUCUCGAUGCUCCACCCACUAAAUUAACCUACGCCGAGCUUGAUGCUAGGGCCAACGGUCUAGCAAACAUCCUUCGGGAAGGAGAUCUUGGUGUCAUUCCAAUCUGCAUGCGGCGUAGCGUUGAGCUCUAUGUCUCCAUUCUAGCCAUCCUUAAAGCCGGCUCUGCUUGGUCUCCUAUUGAUGAAACCUUGCCUCUUCAGAGACUUACAUCUUUGAUUGCUCGAACGGAAGGCAAGGUCAUUCUGACAACCAGCGACUCCUACUCCCUUGUAGAGCCAUGUCUAUCCCACGAAAGUCUCAAGGGCGUACGCGUGAUCCUCGUUGACAACUAUGCAAAUCAUAAGACAUCGGUAAGAGCCGAGCCACGUCGCAGCAUCCAGGAAUUGAAACCACAAAUCGGGGGUCUGGAUCUUGCGUAUCUUUUGUGGACCUCGGGAACGACUGGUGAGCCCAAGGGUGUCAUGAUACAACAUUACGCUGCCGCAAACGCUAUGCGUGACCUCCAAGUUCAAGUUGAACACGAGGAGGGUGUUCCGGUUCGUACGCUACAGCUGUCAGCUUAUAGCUUUGAUGUCUUCGUUCAAGAUCUCUUCUUCACGUGGGGACUGGCUGGAAGUGUGAUAAGCGGCACGCGAGAGCUGGUUCUGGGCACUUUCACCGAGUUUGUGAGAAAGUCGCAGCCAACACAUGCUCAUCUUACUCCAUCCUUCGGCGCUAGUAUCGUCGUCGAAGAGCUCAGGGGUUCAACCUUGAAGACUGUGACUUUCAUCGGAGAGAAGCUGACAGAAGAUGUUGCCGAGGCUUGGUCUGCACCAGGAAUCACAACGAGAGCAUACAACACAUACGGGCCAGCCGAGAAUGCUGUUGUAUCUACCAUGAGACAGUUCUUCGGAAAGAGUCGUGACCAAGCCAAGGCUGCCAACGUUGGUUUCCCGUUGACCCCAUGUACCGCAUAUGCUGUUCGCAAUGUGGCAAACUCGGAUGAAGCGGACAAGGCACAAUGGGAGCUCGUUCCUCGCUAUGGCGUGGGUGAGCUAGCGCUUGGCGGUGCUCAAGUGGCCAAGGGAUAUCUCAAAAACGAAGCCAAGACCACCAAAGCUUUCAUCCAAGGAGGUCCGGGGAUCAACGAGCGUAUUUACCUCACUGGAGACAUGGUACGACUAAAUGACCACGGCUUCGAAUUCCUCGGUCGGAACGACGACUUGGUAAAAAUCACGGGAAUCCGCAUUGAGUUGAGCGAAAUCAGCGCCGCUUGUGCCGCUGUGAAGGAGGACGAGCCAGCCAUUGAGCAUGUUGAGACUCUUUACCUUCCUCGUCCUGAUGGUGAUGGUGGCGAUUGCAACUACAAGGUUGUAGUCACAUUUGUCUCGGUGAAGCAAGGCAGCGCCGACUUGGGCAAGAUCCGCUCGAUGAUCUUCAAGAAAGCCAAGGAUUUAUUGCCAACUUACAUGGUUCCUGGGCAUGUUGCCGUGUUGAACACCACAAUGCCACGAACAGCGUCCAACAAGGUCGAUCGAAAAGCACUGCAAAGCAUAUAUGCCAGUUCAGACCUCGAUUCUCUCACAGAGCGAGAUUCUGCAGCUACAGAUGGCCCAUCUUCAAAGACACAAUGGUCUGAACAUCAGCUGCCUGUGAUUAAAACCAUCACGAAGAGUUUCAAAGUGCCAAUCGAGAACCUCAGCCCAGAGGACAGUCUAGCUGGCCUAGGCUUCAGCUCACUGCAAGUCACCAAGUUGGCCUGGGCUUUGCGGCGUCAAAUUCAGUGCAACGUCAGUGUUAUCGACCUGAUGCAAUGUCAAACUCUUGGCGAAUUAGUCAAUGCUGUUCAAAAGUCUAUGGAAACAACGCAGAGCCUCGAAUUGACGACUUCCCCAGCUGCCGAAGUCUCUUGGGUCGCUUCCGUCAAAGAAAAUCUCACAAAGUGUCUUCAUGGCGAAUUACGACCGAAAAACACUUCAUACAUUUUGCCGGCCACGCCGUUCCAGGAAUCACUUCUGGUUGAGACCAUGAUUGACCCAGGAGCAUACUGGUCGCAUCGUAUCUUUGAUCUCGGUCACCUUGGACAGGUUGAUGCUUCUCGCCUCAAGAAUGCAUGGACAGCGGCUGCCUCUCGGCUUGAUAUUCUUCGUACAGUCUUUUCUCCGCUGUCGGAAUUUUCUGUGCUCGACAACAGCAACGCCAACAUUGGACAGUGGGCAUCUGGAAAGGGCAUUUCGGCCUCCAUGCUCCAGAUAGUUAUCGAUGAGCCUCGACUUCGCUGGGUGACUUUGCAUGACGGGGAUGCAGAAAGUCUAGCUGCACUGGCAGAGCAGGUACAGAUGGACUGGGCUCCGUUGGCAGCGAAAUCAUCCCAGCCUCCAUGGGCAGUCUCGUUCUUGGAAGGCAAUAACAAGAUGAUGUUGAGUAUGCACCACUCACUCCAUGAUGGGACAUCGUCAAGUAUGCUUCUUGAACUUGUUGCGAAGCUCUAUGACAACCCAGAUGUGAUUUCCAGCACCGCCAACACUUCUUUGCAAAUGUCAAGGGGUGUGGAACUUGGUCUUCUUCCAUCUAUCACCCAGCGAGAAGAAGCCUUAUCCAAAUGGACCAGCCAUAUAGAAGGACUAGUAGCAACUGAAGGGGCUCUGAAUGCACCAUUCCCUGAUCUUACGGGCUCACGCAAACAAGGGAAAGGAAUAGUUUCUUCCAAGGCAACUAUUCCAGACUUCCUCUUUGAUUCGACCGGCUCACCUGGUCUACCACAACUUUUGCAAUCUGCAUUUGGCUGUGUUCUGGCAGACAUCCUUGAGCUGAAGGCAGUUGUCUUAGGUCAAACUGUGUCACAACGAGUGCUUCACCCAGACCUUCUCCGAGUCGUGGGCCCUGCCAUGGCUACAUUGCCGGUCGCUGUUCGUACACAUGCCUCGGAUGCUAAACAUCUAUGGGCUGAAAUGAGUCGCAAUAGUUUGUCAUUGGGUCGUACUGCCCAUAGCCUGCAUCCCGUUGAUAUUAAGAAGCUGGUGAAUAUGGGAAGCGAUCACACAAAAGCGCCCUUUCCGGCCCUUUUCGUUUAUCAUCCCGCUCCUUCUGAUCAAACCGAUGGCAUUAAUUCUUGUGCAAAUAUGUUCCGAGAAACUGGUCACGCAUUGUCACUUAAUGUCGAGCAUCCUUUGGCUUUGAAUGUCUUUGAGGCUGACAAUACCAUCGAGCUGAGCGGAAAUUCUCGUUUUAUUUCUCAGCCGAUGCUCAAGCUUCUGCUCGACCAAAUCAUCGACCAGGCUCGCGCAAUGCUGGAGCACCCUGAAGCUCCCCUUGAUCAACUCAGAAAUUAUAUGAACGUGGAACUUUUUUCGCGCGUCGGACGGAAUGAAACUCUGGUUGGCACCGAAAUCGCUGAGAACCCAGCCAGUCUGGUUACUCGCUGGGCAACUGAGCACCCUACCUGGAUUGCAACCGAGGAAAUAUUCUUUGAAGACAAUGACAACGGCGAUGAGCAGAUCAAUACCCAGAGUCUGACAUAUCUCCAGCUGGAGGAACUCGUCAACGCCAUCGCAUCGAAGUUGACCACGCAUGAAGCGAACCUUCGACCUGAUGAUGUAGUCGCGCUGUAUCUCCGAAGGGACCUCAAGUCUUUAGCUGCCAUAUUGGCCAUCUUCAAGUGCAAUUACAUAUACUUGCCGAUUGAUGCCGAUCUUCCGGCAACAAGAAAGCAGUUCCUAGUUCAAGACGCAGAUGCCAAGCUUGUUCUCACAACGGAAAGCUUGAUUGGUGACUUGAAUUUGAGCCCAGAAAAAGGACCACCAGCAUUGUUGCUUCCAGAAGGUCAUGAUGAGUUGGAGGUGAUCGAGUCUUGGCCUAAAAACCCUCUGCGUAAUGAUUGCGAAAGCGGUGAUGGUGGUUAUCUCCUGUACACAUCUGGCUCGACGGGCCGUCCCAAGGGUGUACGAGUUUCCAACAGAAAUCUCCUUCACUUCAUCUCCGCUAUGACUCAACGCCUCACUGAAGCCAAUUCAGACACAGCUAUCCUUGGAGGCGUUGGGAAAUACCUCAACGUCGCUUCCAGAACAUUUGAUACUCAUCUCACUUCAAUGUUCGCGCCAUGGCACCUUGGUUUCUGUUCAGCGAUUAGCAAGGACCGUAAUGAUAUUUUCGCGAACCUGCAGCAGGUAAUCAACAAGGUCAAGAUUACCCACAUGGGAUCUGUGCCCUCUGUUAUUGUCCAACUUGGGUUGCGUCUUGAAGACAUUCCUUCCAUGCGUGUUCUGACGAUCGGCGGCGAGAAAGCCUCUCAUGAACUCUUUGAUCAGUUGAAUGAAGGAAAUCACAACACGGUACUCAUGAAUUUCUAUGGGCCGACUGAGGUCACUGUCGGAUGCUUUGCCCACAAAGUUGGCGAUCACUCUAAUGCACGCAACCUCGGAUUGCCAUUGCGUGGUCUAGAGGCCAUUCUUCUUGUUCCCGGACAGGACGAGCAAAUGAUCGCUCGCAGAGGCCAACCCGGUGAGCUUUGUCUUGCUGGCCCCCAGGUAUCCAUCGGCUACAUGAAUCGACCAGAGGAAAAUGCCAAGUCCUUCCUGUAUACUUCAUUAUUGGGUGGAGGUGAGAGGCGCAUUUAUAGGACGGGUGACAUCAUGAGGAUGUUGCAUGAUGGGACCGUCGAGUUUCUCGGAAGAAAAGAUCAACAAACCAAAAUUCGUGGUCAGCGGUUCGAGAUCGAUGAGGUUGUCUCCUUCGUCAAGAAAACAGUUGCGGAUCAAGGACCUUUAGAUGUUGCCGCCGCAGUCGUGGAUCAACGGUUGAUCGGAUUUUUGGCACGUAAACCCAGUACACUUCUGAAAGCAGAACUUGAUUCCGAGCCCGAAUGGAUCCCAUAUCAGAGCCAGACCCUUCAGACCCUCCUCACAGCUGUGGAGAAAACAUGUCAAGAAGCCCUUCCAGCCUUUAUGGUCCCCGAAAUGCUGUGGGUGUCGAGGAUUCCUUACUUGGCUGCGUCUGGAAAAAUCGACAGCAAGUCCCUCAUCAACUUGGCAAAUGAGUCUUCCAGGGCCCAGAAAUACCCUCAACACAGAACUAUUCUGACGACUGAGCCUAUCGCAUCAUUAAGUCCAUCGGAGUUGGAGGUUGUCGCGGCGCUCGAGGAAGUAAUGGGAAAGAAGCUCACUGCUACGUCGACCCAGAGUAUGAAUAGUCUAGGCGUCGACAGUCUUUCUGGAGUACACCUCAUGUCAGUCCUGAAGAAAAAGGGCUGUGCCAAUGUCAAUCUGGUAGACUUACUUUCUCCUGCCUGUACAGUUGGUUCACUGGCUCGUACUACUCGUGUUGAUGUGCCGUCUGACAAAAAGUUGGAAAGUGAGACAAGGGGGAGAAGUGAGAGUGUGAAGGAGUUGAAUCUCGACGACAUCGGCCUCAGUGCAAACAGACUAAACCGAGCAAACAUUUCAGCUGUCUUGCCUUGUUUACCCCUCCAGUCCUCAUUAGUCGCUCUUUCCCUGAAUUGCCUCGCCUCAAAUGAAGAGAUAUCGGACGCGGAUGUUCCCUAUGUCACAGACUUCAUCUAUGAACUUGCACCCGGUACAGACAUCGCACGGUGGGAAGAUAUUGCCGAAAAUACUAUCGCUGCAGAAGCCAUAUUACGAACAUGUUUCAUCCAACGCGAGCAAGAUGGUCAAAUAUUCCAGGUUGUUUUGAAAUCGGCGCCAUCGCCACUUCACGGGCAGAAUGAUGCGACCUCUCUUGUUGCUCAGAUGGACUCUCGCCCGCCAAUUCGCCUGCGGGUUGAAGAGAAAGCCUCCGGUCAAUUCAUUGUCUCGCUCAAAGUACAUCAUGCAUUGUAUGAUGGCUCGGCUAUUGCAACACUCAGGAACAAGCUAGAGCAGGCCUACGCGGGUCGAUAUGAGGCUGCCAAUUUCGGAAACCAGAGCCUUUCGGACCUGAAGGAUCUCUCCAAUUACUGCCAUCUCGAUGAAGAACAGACUCAGUCAGUCAGGGCAUCGUGGCAAGACAAAUUCCGUCACGUUCAGUCCUGCCUCGUUGGUGCAAACACCUUGCAAGCCAAUCCAGAUGCGUUGGUUCGAUUGACCCGUGAUCUCGCCUAUACAACUUCGGAGCUCAGAACCAAAUUGCAGAAUGGAAAUUCCGUAUCCAUGUCCACUGCUUUCCAGCUUGCUACUGCGCUUUGCAUCGCACACUUGACCAGAGGAAAUUCAGUCGUUUAUGGGUUCACCACGUCAUUGAGACCUAUUUUGACCCAUAUUGUUGAUGAAAUAGACACAUUCUUCGGGCCUUGUCUCAACACUGUUGUCCAUCCACUUCAACUCGACAGUGCAACAGAGACCCUACCUCAUCUGGUCGGACGGAUUCAAAAAAUCCACGAGGAAGUGUCUGAAGACAAGAUGCCGCUCAUCACGGCCGACAAGAUCCAGCGUUGGACCGCCAUGGAAGAAAAGCUUUUCGACAGUAUCCUCACUAUUAACGUUGUUCCCCAGAGUCACGACUCCGUCAAUUCUCACUCUGCACCAGGCCAAAUGACUCCUCUGCCUGGCAAAUCCAAGACGGACCUGGCAUUGGCUGUUGACGUUGAUCUCCAUGCUGAUGGCAAAAUCGGUUUAUCACUCUCAUCGGCUGGUGCUUUAUCAGACGCGCAACUUGGUAGCAUGGCAAUCCUUUUUGAGAGGAUUAUUGAAUCUUCUGUUGACAAUUCGGCUAUGGUCGGGCAGUUUGCCGCUAUCAACCAUGGUGCCAUUGGCAAGGUUCUCAAUAAUUCACCCAAUAUUCUUCCUCCACCUCCAAACCCUCACGAAACAGAUGAUUACUUUGAUGAAGCUUUGACUUCUGUGCAGUCUGCUGCUUGCCAGCUCUUACGACUGGACCGCGCCACGAUCACAGCCAAAGCCCCCGAGACAACAUCGCUUUACCAACUCGGUCUCGACUCACUCAAUAUUUUUCCCUUCGUCAAAGCCAUCAACAACUCCGAAGGUAUCAAAAUUGUUCCAAAUGCUGCCAUUAGAGCUCGCAAUGUGCAAGGCGUUGCGACCCUCGUUGCUCAAGCAAAGCGCGAACGCGAUACCAUCAAAAAUAAGGGGACCAAUGGACAAGUUUUGACGCAAAGUUCCGUGUCAAGCCAAUCUCCCUAUGAGCAUACUCUGCAACAGCUCGCGGGUGACCUUCUUUACAUCGCUACACCCCUCCAAGAAGGAAUGUUGAGUGCAUCCAUGGCAAUUGAGGAUCAGGCCUACACAUUCACUCAUUCGAUGCAACUCUCUCGUAUCGCUCGAGAAAAGGAGACCCCAGCUUUUGAUCGCUUUUUCGCUGCGGUUAAAGACACAGUUCAGGAUUGUGAGACCCUCAGAUCUCGUUUCAUCUUCACUCAGAAUGACCAAGCGCCGUGGGUAGGAGUUGUGUCGCCCAUAGAUCAGAGUGAUCUCGUCAACUGGUCUGUCACGGAAUCCGGAAUCAUUCAGCUCAAGAUCCACCACUCCCUUUACGACGCAAGCUCAAUUCAAGCCAUUUGGCGACUUCUCAACAAGAACUAUGAGCAACGACUUACAAAUCAACAAGACGACCGACCUGACCAAGAGCGUGUGACCUAUGCCUACCGACCUUUUGCGAGGUCUUGUGCCAUCGCCCAGAAAGAUGCGGUUUCAUUCUGGAUGAAGACGGUCGAAGACUACAAGUACAAACCCAUCGAGUUCCAAAGCGAAGAAUCCUACGCGUCCUCUGUCUCCUUUAUUGAUUUUGACGCGUCGGAGCUAUCGAAUCUACAGGCCAAAUGCAGAACGGCCAGUGUCACCCUCAAGGUUGCUCUGCAGCUCGCUUGGGCCAAGGUUCUCUGCGAAACCCUCCACGAGCAACCAGAUGUUGUAUUUGGAGAAGUCGUCGCGACCGGCAGUGACGACAAUGACGAUAUCAUCAUGGGACCAACUAUCAACACGGUACCCAUGCGUGUUGAGCUUUCUCAUCAACUGAGUGCAAUCAGCAUAGCCGACGCGUUGUCUCGACUCCAAACACUAAGCGACAGUGCGAGAGGCGCCAAUGGGAUGGCAUCUUUGAGAGCCAUACAAACGCUUUGGAGAUCGUCGAAGGCUGACAAUUUCACAACGGCUGCUGGUCUUUUCCAAAGUCUCUUCGUAUUUGACGGUGUCAUUGAUUCUAAAGAAGCCGAUUCUCAGCAGGAUCUCAUUGUUCCAGUUCAAGCCAAUGCAGUUGUUGAGGAGAGGCGACAUGCCUACGAUGACUACCCUUUCAUCGUCAGCUUCCGCAUAAAAGAUGGCAAGUUGAAGGGCAAGGUGCGAUCCAAGACGAGUCAAAAAGAAACCCAGGAUCUGGCUCGGGAUUUGGGAGCGGCACUUCAGUACAUUAUAUCGGAGGAAUUGCGAAGCCCGGUUCUCGGUCCUUCACAUUUGCAUUUGACGGAUGGUUCGUGGCUGAAGGUCCUUCAAUCACCCUUGAAUGGUUUAGAUGGCCAAGAUCAAGUUCCAGUCAUACGAGGGUCAACCGCAAAGGCUGAUGCUGUUAUUCGAAUUGCGAAGCAAGUGGUUGGAGAUAACAUCAGGGGGGGAGAUUAG